UCGUCGUCGCUAACGCGGUGCGUCUUGACGCAGCGGGUGGCAGCUGGUGCGUCAGGAGGAGACAGAGAUGCCAUAACAGCAUCCUCACCGACCGACAAGACCGACCGACCGUCUCAUCCCUCCGCUCCGCUCCGCUCCGCGCCUCCGGGACGCCUCUCAUGCUUUGUCCGCCUCGCAGCGCGUCAGUCCGGGGUUUAAUCGGCGGAGAGCAGCGGCGGAGCGGCGGACGCAUCUGGAGCGGAGGAUGCUCUGGGGUUUCCCAGCAGGCCUGUGAAGAUGAGUGUGACAUCAUGGUUCCUGGUGAGCAGCUCCGGCACUCGGCAUCGCCUCCCCAAAGAGAUGAUCUUUGUCGGCCGAGAGGACUGUGAGCUGAUGCUGCAGUCUCGCAGCGUAGACAAACAACACGCCGUCAUCAACUACAACCCGACUACUGAUGAACACCUGGUGAAAGACCUGGGCAGCCUGAACGGGACGUUUGUGAACGAUCUGAGGAUUCCUGAUCAGACCUACAUCACCCUCAAACUGUCCGACAUCAUCCGCUUCGGAUACGACUCUCAUGUUUAUGUUCUGGAGAAAAGUCAACACAAAGUCCCAGAGGAGGCACUGAAGCAUGAGAAAUACACCAGUCAGCUGCAGAUGAGUCUGAAGGCUUCAGAGGGCAAACGAGCCGAACUGGAGGAGCGAACACGACCCGACAAAAGCCCCAGUACCAAGACACAGGAGGCUCCGGUGAGUCGGCCCACCCCUCUGUACGGUCAGCCGUCCUGGUGGGGAGAGGAGGAUUAUGGGAAUAAAGUUCAGACCAGCGAUGAGACUCAUCCAGAAAUGCAGAAAGACGCUUCGUCUGUGGAUCCAGAUUUUACUGGAUCUCUAUCAGACUCCCAGCCAAAGGCCAUCUUCUCUUCGUACCACCGUGAACCGAGCUACUUCGAGAUCCCCACCAAGGACUUCCAGCAGCCCAAAACCUUGGGGGCGGAGCUCCACGAGAUCCCCACUAAGGACACGGACACACCCCCAGCCCCAGCCCCGCCCUCUCCCCCCACCCCGACCCCGCCCGUCGUUCAGAGCCACGCCUCCUUCACCAUCGAGUUUGAUGACUGCAUGCCCGGCAAGAUCAAGAUCAAAGAUCAUGUGACCAAGUUCUCCACCCGCCAGAGGAAGCAACAGACUCCGUCCACCAAGGCCACCAUCCCCACUGCCACGCCCACUGAGGUAAUGUCAGCAGAGAGCAAGGUGGCUGAUUGGCUGGUCCACAGUGAUGUCAGCAUGAUGAAGAGGCGUCCGAUUUGUGAAGAUGUUUACAGCACCAAGAGUGACCUCGCCAUGAACAUCAAAACUCUCAAAGGUCACCAUCAUGAGGAUGGGACCCAGAGUGACUCCGAGGACCCGGUACUCAAAGGAAGGAGGAGUAAAUCCCACCACUCUGUCCACUCUCAACACUCUAUCCAAUCGGAGCAGUCGGAGUCAUCGCAGCAAACUGUCCAAUCAGUGCAGUCCAUCCACUGCCAGCCACCUGCUCCAAUGCAGACGCUACACCAGCCACUGCAGUACUCUCCGCCCAGACCGGCCCCGGCCUCACCAGUGGCCCCAGAGCGGCCACUUUCCCAGAGCCCUCCUCAGGCUCAGUCCCCCACUACAGAAUCACCCAAGCAGGGGCCACCUGAGCACCUCACCCAGCAGGCCUUCAUCAUUGAGUUCUUCGAUGACCACCCACGCAAGAAGCGCUCGCAGUCCUUCACGCACAACCCCGCCCACGCUGACUCCUACUCUGCCCUCAAGGCCAAGCUGGAGCGACGGAAAGGCGGCGAGAGGCCGGCAUCCGUACAUGGCCAUAUCCCUCCCACCCAGCAGGUGACAGUUCCUCUGAAGGGUCAGGGCCACGGUGCCCCCCAGAGGUCAAGUUCUCUGAAGAGGGAAAAGACGGAGGGGGAAGCAGCCUCAUCUGGCUCCUCCUCUCGCUCCUCUUCAGGCAUCAUCAUCAGACCCUUCGGCAGCGUUGGGAAGAAGUCUAAGCUCGCCCAGGAGUUCGCUGCUGAAUUCCUGAAAGAUUCAGGUCAACAAGACACCUCCCCAACAAGGGACAAGACAUCUCCUCCACCGAUGUCUGCGCCGCCGGUGAUGGUGUCGCCUCCAAAUGCUAGAAUUCCCUCCCCACAAGAGCCUCCAGCUCCUUCUGCAGUUUCCUACCCUUCCUCCCCCUUACAACCUCAACCAAUGUCAAAGUCCUCUAUCCCCACCAAUGCUGCUGGCCAGACUGCCUCUCCGGUCCAUUCCUCAGGACCUCUAAUGUCCCCCAUGCUUGCCCUUGGUGUCCGCGGAGGAGACCCCAGAGGUUCUCCGAGAAUGGUGAGGAAUGAGGAGGAUGACAGCCUGAGUGAUGCCGGGACCUACACCAUCGAGACGGAGACGCAGGACAAAGAGGUGGAGGAGGCACGCAACAUGAUCGAUCAGGUGUUUGGUGUCCUCGACUCUCCAGAGUACAGUGGUGUGAACACAGGAGUGUAUAGGCCUGUAAUAAAUGAUGGCAAGGAUGAGCAAGCUAACCUGCCUAGCACUGUGGACCCGUUGCAUGGCUUUAUCCCAGCUGCUAUCAGCGGCCCCCCAACAGGCCCCAUACAGGUUCCACCUGUUCAUGCAGCAGGUCUGGAAGGACCUAAAUGGGUUUCCCGUUGGGCCAGUCUGGCGGACAGCUAUGCUGAACCUGGUUCCACACCACCUCAAGGGGAAUGCCUAGAAGAUUUGCGCCUCAUGAGCCGGUCGAUGGGAAGUUACAACUACGACAACUCUGAGUCUGAGUCCAGCCACAGCUCCAGGACAAGAAGGCUACUGCCCCAGGUGCCCCCAGAAAAGCUGGAUAGUGCCACCCCCAGUAUCCUGAUUCGCCAUGAAUCUUAUCAAGGUCAGGAACACCUGGACAAAGCCUCUGGUACUCCCCGCCCACAGGACUCCACCCAGCGCCUGUCUGUUCAGGAUGACGUUGACCCGGACAGUUUGAGUGACGCCAGCCGCUCAGAUGAUGGACCCAUUCUGGAGAAAGCAAAGAAGAAUCAGGCCAGGACUGGAGCUACUUCUCUAGGGGGCUCUGGUCCUCAGUUCAAGGGUCAGGAGAAAGUGUCUCCAUCCACAAAAUCAACCUCCUUCUACAUUGGUUCUGAAGACAGUCCAGGCAAACCUGAUCAGGCCAGGAGUCCGGUGCCGUCUGAAAGGACACGAGAACCCCCAGCAAAAACUCCCCCUACUACUGUUCUGAUCCGACACCUUAGCGGGCAUGAACCCAGGAGGACAGGUGUCAAACCCAACAGCUCUGCUCCAAACCUCCAAACACAGGACAAGGAUUCUGUCCCCACUAAAGACAGCUGCAUGUCAUCCUUUGUCCGGCAAGAGAGCUUCACCAAAGACCGACCCAGUGACACCGUCCAGAUGAAGAAGCUUCCCCACAUCUCCAGCCACCCAUCCAUCAGAGACAUGGAGCAGAGGAGGGAGAACAUCCAGGACACACAAUCCUUCCUUCAGGAGGCCGAUGGAGCUCUGUCCUCUCUGGAUACCAAGUUUCCAUCUUCUGGCUCUGGUCGUAGCUCAAAGAAAGGAGGCUCCUCCAGCCACAUGGAUGACUCCCUUUCUGGUGAGUCAGAUGUGGACACAGCAAGCACCGUGAGCCAGGUGAGUAGUAAAAAUGCUGCAGUCAGCUCUGCUCCUAAAAAGCGUCCAGCCAUCAGCAGCCUCCAAAAGGAGAAGUCCUCCUCCAGCCCGUCAAUCCAAGAGAAGGGACGUCAGCUGACUGCCCGCGAGCGGCUCUCUGAGAAACGCCGAAACCAGGCGCCUUCCGAUGCAUCAAGUAAGGCAGAGGCAGCAAAGCGCUUUCAGAUGCGUCGCAGUGCAGGCAACCGUGGCUCUCUGGAUCUGUCUGAGGGCCAGCAGGGUUCAGCUCCACACUGGACUGAAACAACAUCAUCUGACCAUGAAAUUUCCCGUCCGUCCAGCCGCAGCAAAAAAGUCAUCGCCCCUCUUCAAAAAGAUGAUAAUGGAAAGACGCCUAAGACGGCAUCUCAGCAGGUUCUGACACGCUCCAAUAGCCUGUCAGCACCACGGCCAACCAGGGCAUCUAUGCUCCGACGAGCACGCCUUGGCGAAGCCUCAGAUAAUGAAGGUGCUGAGACUGACCGGGCCUCCCAAAAUUCAGACCAUAUCGCUACACCUCCCAAAAUGGCCACUGAGGUGAAGAAGCUUUCCAGGCUGGACAUCUUGGCGUUGCCAAGAAAGAGGACUGGCUCUUUCACGGCUCCCAGUGACAACGAGACGUCCUCCACGGGCCGGACUGGUUUCUCCAAUCGGAACUCUGAGUCUGUUGUUACCACCAGGAAGACAUCGGUGGGUGACGCCCGCCAGGCAGCUAGCAGAGGGGGUGGAGCUCCAGGGAAGCAACCACUGACCCGUACCCGGUCCAGUGGAGCCAAGUACCCCAGCACUGGUUCCCGUCACAGGCAGAAGGGCUCAGACUUCUCCUCUUCCUCUGAGGAAGAAUAUAAGACAAGCACCAGUAAUCAGAAAGCCAAACGCUCCUCCCAUCCCUCCGCCCAGACGCCUCGCCACCGGACAGCUGCCACUCGCUCCAAAUCUGUCUCCUUGGAGACGGAGGAAGACGAGGACCAGAACGAGGUCGACCCCUACCAGAACUGGUCCACGCACAGCGCCGAGAUCGCCAAGCUCAGUCAGGACUUGGCUAAAGAUCUGGCCAUCCUGGCGAAGGAAAUCCAUGAUGUGGCCGGUGACGGAGACUCACCGAGCUCCGGCAUGGGCACCACCACCUCACCUAGCUCACUGCCCAACACACCAGCCUCCACCAUCUCUGCCCGGGAGGAGCUGGUCCAACAUAUCCCUGAGGCCAGUUUAAACUACCAGAAGGUUCCGCCAGGUUCUGCUGCCGUCUCGGACCUGGACGCAAACAUGAAUGAGCCGGAGCCCGGUUCUAGGCAACGCCGUCCGUGGAACCGCGAAGAGGUGAUCCUUGACAACCUGAUGCUGAAUCCAGUGUCCCAGCUGUCACAGGCCAUCCGGGAGAACACAGAGCAGCUGGCCGACAAAAUGAAGGUUCUGUUCCAGAACAAGGCGGAGGUCUGGGAGGAGAUCGAGGCGAAGAUAAACGCUGAGAAUGAAGUCCCCAUCCUGAAAACCUCCAACAAGGAAAUUACCUCCAUUUUAAAAGAGCUGAGAAGAGUCCAGAGGCAGCUGGAGGUGAUAAACACCAUCGUGGAGCCCGGCGGGAGUCUCCAGAUUGCAGCCGUCGGCACGUCGGCCCUCGGUCAGACUCCUCAGACAUCCUCAAAGGAGAAGAAACCAGCUUCCAAAUCCCGUGGUGCCCCCCUGACCUCCAACGCCAAUGAAAGCACCAAGAGACCACCUCGUGGACCCGACGGGGCCCACUACAUGGCCUGAGCAGGCCACCGUAGCACCUCUGGACAGUAACUGUGCAUUCACACCACCGACAGCUACACUUUCCUGUCCCUGUCCAGUGAUCAGGGUUCAGAGCACAGGUGAAAGUCAAAUGUGGUUUUAUGUGCUCUUGUUGGUUCACCAGCAGGCCCUUGUGAUGACGAACUCCUGCUGUGCACCACUGAUGGUCAUCAGCAGGGCAGCAGUUUGUUUUUAUUUAUAUUCUGCAAAAGCUCUUUAAGCCGUGUCCUGUUUUAAGCCAGUGAGGCAACAUGCACAAUACGAGGGCCCUGAAACCUGCACACAGAAAUGAAAUGCAGCCAUGAUUCAUGUUAUUACACCUGUGCUCUUCCCGGUAUGACACGUUAAAAUGUCUGCUGUGAAAAAUGUCUGUUACUGUCAGGAAUUAGGAGGCAGAUAUAGUUUUGAUCUCUGAGGUUAGGGACAGGAACUGGCUGUAACUUUAUGAAUCCUCUGUUGACUAGUUCAACGUAGCAGCCUGAAGGGCUUCCUUCCAUCUUUAUAUAUCAGAUCCUAUGAAGGAGACGCCCCCCAAAAUGGAAGACAAAGCUUUGCUGCUGUGACGGACGGGACGCUGUGUGAUAACGGUUUGCUUUCCCUUGUCUGAAAAAAAUCAAGAAUUGCAGCUUCUCUGUAGAAAACUGCAGCUGGUGUGGAUGCACAGAAACUGUCCAAAACAAAGCUGUCGUUUAUAUCAAAUGAUUCAGUCAGUAAGAACAAAUGCAUUUUGAAUGGCAACAAUAUAACUUUAAGAACCACUAUGUAGAACUGCUUCCAUUUCGCACAAGCUGAACAAAUAUAGUCAAAGCAACAAAAGAAGUUGCAGCUGCUCGCGCCGCAGUAGUACGUGGGUAAUAUACAAACGCAUAUUGAUUAACUUUGUGCUUUGAUAAUCUGUUGUUGCGUUGCAUUUGAACAGAUUAUAGAUUGUGUCUUUUUUGCGAAGGUCGUCUCAGUUUUUAUGUCUGUAUUUAUGAAGCGAAAGUCGUAGCUAUCUGUCCAUCAGAAGGUCCUGAGCUGCUUCGAUGCUUCGGCCUUACAGACACGCUCGUCUUGUAAAAGUUAAAAAGAUGUAAUGUUAUAUUUUAUUGAAUGUUUCUGAGUGACAGUCAGGCUCGUUUUCAUUUGCCAUCUCGCUGUGAUUGUGUGUAACUGUGAAACUGCUUCAGCUUCACUGUAGCUGAAUGUUGAAAGUUUUCUGUGAAACGUCUGUUGAACUCAAACAAAUCAGCACAACGUGACAGAAGGAAUCCGCCGGUCUAACAUGGGUCCUUAAACGCAUCGCCUCUCUGAAUCACAAUGAACGAACCUCGACAAACAUGACAAUCUGCUCUCUGAUGGAUAAAACAAUGACAUGUUUGUUUGUUUGUCAUGUUGUGUUGAACUCUGAUCAGUCACAUCUGAUAUCACAAACUUUAAAACACGAGUUGCAGAGGCCUGAGAAUGAAAAACGCUUCCGUAGUUUUCUACUCAUACGUCAUAAAAAUCCACCACAUGUAAAACCUGUAGUCAGCACAACGACACACAGAUGAGACAAAGCUGCAGUGUUUACACAUCAUUCUGCUUCAGAACAACUACAUGGACUUUACACGUCAUUUUCUUGGGUUUGAACCAACAAACGGAGGCAGUUUGAUGCUGGAUCAUUCUUAGUCUGGGCUUAGUUCUGAAUUUCUCAACUAGACUAAUUUAACUCUUUACUGGAAUUGACAGGAACUCUUUAUAAGCUGGUUAGUAAGUAUUUACUGUCACAGCUCUAAAUGUUGGAGCAGAUUGUGUAAAAGAUUAGCUGAUUGUUUUUGACCCUUGAAUUUCUUGUAAAAACCUUCCUCUAUAAACAUGCUUAAAACCUCUUUUAAUUUCCAUCACAGUUGUAGAGUUUAGAAAAGAAAAGUUCUAUAUGAGUAAAAUAUUUACAUCUUUACCUUGAGGGCGCUCUGCCGGCCGCAAAGGGUGAAGAUGAGCUGCAGUGUCUGUGAGUCGAGCCGCAGGGCUUUUUAACCCUCAGACUGAUCUGUCACCUGCUGUGUGAACAGACUUUCAGCGGGUUCGACCUUUACUUCAUAGAUCCGUGUGUGUUGUGUGUUUGAGCUGCUGACUGUGUUGUAGUCGACGUGUGUUGAGCUGAAGUUUGUUUUACUUCCUUGGUGUGUUAAAGCGCUGAGUGCUGUACAGACCACAAACAUUCACUGAAAUCAUCUUGUUCUUUGUCUUCAGUCACGUCUCACGUCUGUGUGUCCAGCACAGAGCAAAGACCAGAGAACCAGAGGAUCUCACUGAAGUGUGGGAGGAACAGGAUGUUUCAGACUCUUGUUUUGUAAAGUGCAUGUUUCCUGUAGCUUGAGGCAGGUGAGAGUUUGAGGCUAGUUCACCAAAUGUGCACUUUUUUCAUUUGACAAACACCUUGUGAAAGUGGGUGGAGUUGAGGUUUUUGGGGUUUUAUUUUUCGUGCUCUGCAGCCAUUGAGAAUGUAUUGAUUUAUCGCCUGCCCAGAACACAAACCUGAUUGGCUGUUGCUGUGAUGAUGUAACUGCUGCUGCUACAGGUGAGUGGUCAUCUGGGCUACCUGCAUUUAGUGUUUUGUUACAGUGCAUGCACCUCUGAAACAGACGAGCUGUAGAAACAGGCUGAGUAGACGAAGCAAACCAAACUGUUCAUAUUUACUCUGUGUGUAUCCUGGUAUCCAAAAACCUUUUUUAUGCAUUUGAUCAUGUGAUGGUCCUGCAGUCGACCCGUGUUUCUACUGGAGUAGAACCUGCUGAUUUAUUUAUUGAGUUCAAAUGAUUUUGAUUUGCAGAUAUCUGGACUCUCAUGUGUUCAUCAUCAACAGGAUUUCUUUGUAUCACCGUCAUUUGUAAUAAACUGAUUUCAUGCACGUCGGUGUCAUUUUUACAAAAG